AUGUGUUGCACACGGAGUGUCUACAGUUGGGACAUCGUCAUCCAUCGUGUCGGAUCCAAGUUAUUUUUUGACAGACGACCAACUUCGGAUUUAGACUAUCCAACCGUAAGCGAGACGGCGAUUGAACCUCCACAAGAAGAGGGCAAUACUAUUAACAGUCCCAGAAAUUUGGCGAUCGAAGCAAUGUACAUAAAUCGGAAUUUCAGCCAACAAGUUUUGAAGAUGGGCGAAGAAAAGUUUUCUUUCGAUCAUCCGAAUACGCCGUUUGCUGAAGACGAUGCUAGCGAAGCAAGCAACAUCGCUAGUGUUGGAUACAGGCAAGUCGAACUUCGAACUUUGAAGUCUCAUUUGUGUGUGUGUGUGCAUCUACUCGCGCGCGAGCAUCAGAUUUCCGUCUGGGUCUGCAGAUCAAAACGUCAGCCAUAG